AUGGCCCACUUUGUGUCUGAGCUCCAAAGGCUCCCCGACUCCUCCGAGGACGAUCCCAACCCCGGAGACCCCUCGGGCAGGCGUCCGCGCGGCCGGCCCCCAGGCUCCAAGAACAAGCCGAAGCCUCCCGUCAUAAUCACCCGGGAGAGCGCCAACACGCUCCGGGCCCACAUACUCGAGGUAGCCGCGGGCGCCGACGUGUUUGGCGCGGUGGCCUCGUACGCGCGGCGCCGGCAGCGGGGCAUCUGCGUCCUGAGCGGCACGGGCGCCGUGGCCAACGUCACCCUGCGCCAGCCCGGCGCCCUCCACGGCCGUUUCGAGAUCCUGUCGCUGUCGGGGUCGUUCCUGCCGCCGCCGGCGCCCCCGGGGGCGACCACGCUGGCGGUGUACCUGGCGGGGGGACAGGGGCAGGUGGUGGGAGGGAAUGUGGUGGGCCCACUCAUAGCGUCGGGCCCAGUGAUGAUAAUAGCGGCCUCGUUCACGAACGUGGCGUACGAGAGGCUGCCUCUGGAGGAGGAGGAGGAGGCCGAGGCCGGGAUUGGGAUUCAGAUGCAGGCGCCGCCGGGAGGAGGGGGUCAGUUUCAAGAACCCUUUCUGAAUCUGCCGAUGAUGAAUGUGCCCAGUGGAGGCGGGCAGAUUAAUCCGAUGGAGGGGGCGUGGCCGAGCGGCGGCCAACCGUAUUAG